AGUGGCCACACGAAGAACUGAAGCUUUUGAUUCUUCUGGCUUUUUCUUCAGUCCAGGAAUGCUGUGACCUGGUUAAUGAACAACCCAAUCUCCUGUUUGUUUGUUAAAGAGGACAUAGCAGCUCGCAGAGCUUUAGUUGCUGUUCCAUCUGUUGGAGCUGAAACUUUUCCAGUGUCUUCAUUUAUUCAUGCGUGUGCUCCUGCUCACUGAUAAGUGCUUCAUAAAGCCUUUCUUCACCAGCAGGCAGAAACAACAGGGACAAGGGGCAUCUGUGGAGCAAACAAGCAGCCAUCAUGAAGAAGCAGCUGUGGUCCCUCGCCUGCAUGCUGCUGCCUUUCGCAGGAUUUUUGCUGACGUGCCUCGGAGCUUACCUGCUGUCCAUGCAAAGUGUGAAUGACUUCCUUUGGAGAUCUAUCGUCAUUUAUGUGAUGAUUGCUAUUGGCUUGCUGGCUAUGCUUUUUGGAGUCUUUUUGAGCCUCUGCCACAGCAUGAAGAGCAAAUUAUACCAAAGAAGACAUGUGGAGCAAAUGCAAAUCUUCACUGUACACAGGCCAAGCGCCUUUCCUCCAUCGUACGAAGAGUGUCAGAGAAGCCAGGAGUACCCUGUCAGUACGCCUCAGGUGGUUGUCCCGACCGAUGGAAUUUACAUCCCGAUGAGUCUGGCUCCUCCGUUGUACAGCCAGAAUAAUUCCGAGAUUCCAGACUCCUCUUGGUGCUGGGAGCAGCCUCCUCCGUACAGUCAGGCUGUACAAAUGCAGCAGGGACAGAGACAGCAGGAGGAGGCCGCAUCUGCACACUAACACUACACGUUCUGCUUUCCAGCUGAAGAAAUGGAGACUUUCUGACAAAAGAAAAAUCCUGAAAAAGUGGACUUUACUUGUGUUGUUCAACUGCAGAGAUCUGGAGGAAGCAGAGAUGAAGAUGACAGAGAAAAUAUGGUAUUCAGCCUUCAACGAGGGGCAGCCUGUUGGUUAAAACAUGUUACUGAAACGUUGUUUUCCUAUGAGAAGUUUUGAAGACUGUUGGGUAAUUUGACAACCAACCAAUUCAGUGUUAAUCUAAGGACAACUUUUUUCUGUGUUAUUGGAAUUGAACCUGUUUUUGAUACCCUGCAAAAGCAAGAAAUAACAGAAAUAAGUCAAAAUUAUUUCACCAUUGGCAUAUUUUUUUAAAUAAGCAAAACAAUGGGGUAAAAAAAAUGAUCUUACCAAGAAUUUCUAUUUAAGAGAAAAAAUUCU